CAAAUUUUAGACACUUGUGUUUGUUGACAGAGAGAAAGUACAUGUGAAAAUUAAAACAUCUUUUGGAUAUCUUUUAGGGCCCUUGUAACAUCAAAAUGACCGCAGCAGCCGAGGUUAAAGAUCAACAACCUCAGAGUAACACCAGUAACAUCAAAGAUGGGCUGGCUGACAGGAAAAUAAUUGCGGAAAAAGUGACUGGAGUCGUGAAAUGGUUCAAUGUUCGAAAUGGCUACGGAUUCAUUAAUAGAGACGAUACCCAGGAAGAUAUUUUUAUUCAUCAAACUGCAAUUGUUAAAAACAACCCGCAGAAGUUUUUUCGAAGUGUUGGCGACGGUGAGAAGGUUGAAUUUGACGUGGUUGUUGGUCUCAAAGGCAAUGAAGCGGCAAAUGUGACAGGGCCAUCUGGUGAACCGGUUCAAGGAAGCAUCUACGCACCCGACAGAUCUCGGAACUUCGGGGGCCGGGGAUUCAGAGGCAGAGGAAGAGGACGUGGGGGGUCGAGAUUUUUCAACCGUACUCGAAGAGUAACAAACGAGAGUAGUGGCGCAGAAGGCGAAGAGAAAGGGGCCGGCGAUGAGAGAAGUUUCAGGGGGCGAGGGAGGGGAUUCAGGGGUGGAGGAUUUCCGCGCGGUGGGUUCAGGGGCGGGCCUCCUGGUCCCAUGCGGGGAAUGAGAGGCAUGCCUCCCCCGUUCCGAGGGGGAUACGGGCCGCCGAUGCAGCCUCCGCCGAGGUACUUCCGCGAAGACAUGAUGUUCGGUGGAUAUAAUCCAAUGAUGCCUCCAAGAGGUGGACAGCCGUUCAGAGGUGGCUUCCGCGGGGGACCCAUGCCCCCACCCCCACCCAGGGGUAUGUUCAGAGGGGGACCCAGUCGGGGAUUCUUCAGGGGACCACCCCCUCCGCCCUCGUUUUUCGAGGGACCGCCUGCAUUCUAUGCCGGACCACCUCCCCCAAGGGGAUUUCUGAGAGGCGGUGGAAGGGGCAGAGGCUUCCGCGGAGGUCGAGGGGGGUUCAGGAGGGGUCAGUCUGGAUCGGAUGGGGCAGAUGACCUCUAGGAGGAAAGAGAACUGGAGGAAAAACAACUUUUUG